AUGGCUAAGCAAUUUUUGGAGGGAAAAUGGAGUUGCUUAAACUGUCGAAAUUCAAGCUCCAGCUCCAAGCCCUAGCUAUCGAGGUUGGAGGUCUCAGGGAGAGAGAACAGUCGGCCACUGAGCAAUGCCGAAAUCUAAUUCAAAAACAGAAGCAAACAGAUGAGGAAUACCGCAGACAGUUGCAGGAAUUACAAUCGGAGUUGGCUUCCUCCAAUGAAUUGCACCAAAAGCUCCAAAGGAAGGUCAGUUACCUUCAAAAUGAUAACGCCUUGCUCGAAGACAAGCACAAAGAUUUGAAAGGAACAAUACAAAGCCUGCUUCAAUCGAAAGAAAGUUUUGUAGAUUCCUACCAGGAAUUAACCUGCGAAAUGAAACGUUCGAUUGAAGCCGGAGAUAGAAAGCUCAUUGUCCUAUCAGAGAAGAUAAACUCUCACCUGUCUUUAUUUGAUUCCAUAGAAAGGGAGGCUUUGUCUAUCAAGCAACUUGUGGAUAAAGUGCAACUCCUUGUUAGUGAAAAAGAGGGAGUAGUGGCUGGCUUACGGAGCAAGAUGGACAAGGUUUCUGCUUUUGAAAAUGUAUUUUUUGAAAGGAUCCGCAACUUGGAAAAUAGAUUAAAAGGUGACGAGGAUGAGUUCCGAAGAAAGGACAGAAUCAUUUCAGAGCUAGAACAGCAGCUGGAAGUGGCAAAACUUAAUAACAGAUGUCAAACUCAAAUUGAAGAGCUUCAGAAAACUCUAUUUGCAAAGGAUGCAGUAAUACAGAAUCUAAUUUCUGAGAAAGAGGCAUUGCACUGUGAAGUGGGGGGUUUAGCAAUAAUAUUACAGAAGAUUCAGGAGACUGUUGUAAACAUGAAUGAAGAGGAUAAAAGGUUAUUCUCCUCGCUACUAGAGUGCCAAGGAGACUGUGAUAAGGUUGUGACAAAGGAAGAUACUGACAGGAUUGAAGACUUGGUUCAAAACAGUGGAGAGCCAUCUCCCAACAAAGCUUCCAGGACUGGAACAGGAGAAAAUCGAGGUUGGGGGCAUAAUUCAGAUGGAAACAUCUUGCAAGAGGACAAUCGCUCUAACUCCAGCGUGGCAGAGCUGACAUGUUCUCCCUUGCAGUCACCUUGCUCUGAACUUCACUCUGCAGCUAAUUGUCCAAGCAUUUCUGUACACAAUGCCAAGGUUAACUGCACCGCAGUAGCACACCACUUAGAUUCUGAGUGUUCAACGACCCAGGCGGAGACCUCACAAGAUCCAUGUUAAGCAUCACGGUUUUUCAUUUUAGGGUAUUUGCUCUGUAAGUGCGGUUGGCUGCUUUGUGAAAGCGUGUGCCUGUGUGUUUUCGUUUGGCUGUAUCUGUAUCUGAUUGUUUAUGCUUAAAGAAACUAUAAAGUCCCAAAAUCAUCAAAGCAC